CAACAGAGACAACAAACCUUCAGCCAUAAUAGAAAUCUCAAAUCCGCCUCUGGUAUAAGUCCCAAGUGUACCCAGUCUACUUUUCCAUUUAUUUUUCUGAUCGUGGACUUCGUAGUCUGUCUGGUUACCUUUUCUUCAAUGAUCAAUCCAUUGGCAACCAAUAUCAUUAAGCUACAGAAAGGUAGAGAGCUGCAGUAUCCUGAUUAGGUUAACCAUGAAUUUUACCAACAAAUGGUUUGUCAUAGUGGCGUGCCUUGUCUUCCUCUUUCAACCAUCCACUUCCUUUGAACUUGAUGCCAUUACUCAAAAUCGACCCAUAAACGACGGCGACGUUUUGGUCUCUUCCGAUAGAAAGUUUGCACUAGGGUUUUUCAGCCCCGGAAAAUCCCUAUACCGUUACGUUGGAGUGUGGUAUUACCAAAUUCCAAACCAAACCAUCGUCUGGGUGGCAAAUAGGGACAACCCAGUUCCAGCAAAUGAUACCUCCGGCUUCUUAGCAAUUCAUGGAAAUGGAGGCCUGGUCAUAUACGGUAAGGACCGAAGUACCCCUAUUUGGUCAGCUAAUGUUACUCUCUCUUCGCCAAACAGUUCCGUAGCCAAGCUUUUGGAUACAGGUAAUCUUGUUUUGCUUGAGAAUGAGAGUAGCCAACAUGCACUUUGGGAAGGCUUUGAUUAUCCUUCAAACACUAUGCUUCCAUCUAUGAAACUAGGGUUCAACCGCCGGUCUGGCUCGGAGAGGUUCUUAACAUCUUGGAAGUCGGAAGAUGACCCGGGAAUCGGGACAUGCGUAUACCGAUUGGACCCGAAUGGACUGCCUCAGAUCAUUUUGUACAAGAAUGGAGCUAUACGGUGGCGGGGAGGAUCUUGGACAGGCAAGGGUUUGAGUGGUAUCCCUGAUAGGACGGAAACCAAAUUCAUCUUCGAUGUCAGUUUUGUGGACGAUGAAACUGAGGUGUCUAUUGUGUAUGUUGUUACUGAUGAAACAAUCUUCUCAAGAACAGUCCUUGAUGAAUCGGGAACUAUUGAACGAUCGACAUGGAAUGGUCAAUGGACCAAUAUCUGGUCGGCUCCGAUACAACGGUGCGAUAACUACGGCCGUUGUGGUCGGAAUGGGAAGUGUGACCCGGAUGAUGUAGGUACUGUUGAGUGCACCUGCCUACCAGGUUAUGAACCCAAGUCACCUACUGACUGGUACCUGAGAGAUGGAUCGGAGGGAUGCGUUCAAGCAAAGGGAGUAUCUAUGUGUGGAGAGGGAGAAGGGUUUGUGAAGAUUUCACGCCUAAAGAUACCAGAGUCGUCUGAGGCACUUGUAAACAUGAAGUUGAGCUUGAAAGAGUGCAGGCGAGAGUGUUUGAAAAAUUGUUUUUGCACUGCUUACUCAACUGUGAAUGGAACAUCCGAGGGUGGAUGCGUGACAUGGUAUGGAGACUUAAUGGACAUUAGGACGUUUGCAAAUGUUGGUCAAGAAUUGUAUCUACGUGUCAACGCAAGUGUCUUGGCUCAAUAUGACAAGUCAAAUGGUUCUCCAACCAAAAUGGCAAAGCUGGCCAUUUCAAUAAUAUCUGUUCUACUGUUCUUUCUUAUGGUUUUCCUCGUGUACUGGCUGGUGAAGAGGAAGUUGACAGGCAAGAAAAGGCCAGACAAAGUUGUAUCAAGAGUGGGGUCAAUGUACCUCGAAAAGUCUAUUGGGGAUCUUGAUGAUCAGAGUACAAUAAACUCAUCAGAGUUGCCAUUUUUUGACCUAAGCAUCAUAUCUGCAGCCACAAACAAUUUCUCUGCAUCUAACAAGCUUGGAGCAGGCGGUUUUGGCUCAGUUUAUAAGGGAGUGCUUUCUAAUGGGAAGGACAUAGCAGUGAAAAGACUGUCUAAGCAGUCUGGCCAAGGAACUGAAGAGUUUAAGAAUGAAGUUAUGCUAAUUGCAAAACUACAACAUAGAAAUCUUGUGAGGAUUUUCGGCUGUUGUGUUCAAGAUGAAGAGAAAAUGUUGAUAUAUGAAUAUGUGCCAAACAAAAGUUUGGACUAUUUCAUUUUUAAUGAAACCAACAGAACACUUCUAGAUUGGAAGAGACGGUUUGAGAUAAUCUGUGGGAUUGCUAGAGGAAUCUUAUAUCUUCAUCAAGAUUCAAGAUUAAGAAUCAUCCAUAGAGACUUAAAGGCCAGCAAUGUUCUACUGGAUGCUUCUAUGAACCCCAAAAUUGCAGAUUUUGGUCUGGCUAGAAUCUUUAGAGGAGAUCAGAAUGAAGCACUUACAAAUCGUGUGGUGGGGACAUAUGGUUAUAUGUCGCCAGAGUAUGCGAUGGAAGGAUCGUAUUCGGUCAAGUCAGAUGUAUAUAGUUUCGGCAUUUUACUACUAGAGAUCAUUAGUGGUAGAAAAAACAGUGGUUAUUAUGAUGAAACAUAUCCCGACUCCAAUUUAGUUGGACACGUUUGGAAUUUGUGGAGGGACAAUAAUGCCUUGGAAAUAGUUGAUUCAUCUCUGGGAGACCCAAUCCAGUUUGAUGAAAUUCUGAGAUGUAUACAAAUUGCGCUCUUGUGCGUGCAAGACUUCCCCACUGAACGACCAACCAUGUCAGCAGUUCUUGUAAUGUUAAGCAAUGAUGCAACUCUUCCUCCGCCAGGAAAACCGGCAUUUAUAGUGAAGAAAGCUGGUACUAGUGAAGAUAAUUCAAUCAAUUAUGUGACAUGUUCUAUUGUAAGAGCUCGGUAGAGGCCAACAGACUGAGAGGUAUUCAUACUAAUCAAGGUGCUUAAUCUUUAACGAUGUAUUGGCUUCUAAUUAAAGAAUGUAUGUGGAACAAUUACAAUCAAGCUAGUGUGCGGCAUGAUUGAUCACAUAUCAAUGCUGGACUUACAGACUUGAAAAGUCUGAAAUUGCAAACGCUAAACUCUGAAAAGUCUGAAAUUGCAUUAUGUCGGUAUAUCUGGUUUC